UUUGCUGAAACUACAUGUAAUUUUCCGUGGAUAGAGUUCAAUGGACAUUGCUACAUGUUUGGGAAUGACAAAAGAACUUGGUUUGAGAGCAAAGUUGUUUGCAACACCAAAAAUGCUUACCUUGCUAAAGUGGAAACACCCAGGGAAAAUGACUGGAUUAUCCAGCAGCUCUUUGCUUUAAAUAAAGGAUUACAUUGGAUGGGUGGAAACACUUUGAGAAAAGUCGGUGAUUGGAAUUGGGAAUCCACCAAUGAAAAAAUCGGAUACACCUUCUUUCAUCCUACAGAGCCCAAUAGCCCCACAUCAGAAAGAUGUUUGUGUUACUUUACUGAUGAUAAAAAUGCGUUUUAUUGGGGAGAUUUCCAAUGCAGUGCCAAACUGAGUUACAUUUGCGAAAGAGAUAAUUAAAAUAUAUUGUAAAUGUUGACUAUAGUAUAAUGCAAUUGAUGUAAAGUUUAAGUUUGUAGAUGCGUUGUUACCUAUCAGUGUUAUAAA